CCCGGCGGACGAGCGCGCGCUGCACGGCGCGUGCCAGGGCGCGCAUCUCGUCGUCGACGUCGCCGUCGAGGCUUCCGACGGCUCAGCGUCUGCCGGCACCGCCUCACUGCUCGGCGCGUGCGCGCGCUGGGAGGUCCCUGCGGUGAUCCUGUGCAGCGAUGCGCUGGUGGGGUACGACGCGUCGGCGGACGUGUGCGACGGCGACGAGCUCUCCGACCCGGGCAUGUCCCUCAUCUCGCCCGAGCCUCGCCCCAAGCCCCCCGCCUCGCGCCGGCUUGCAGACCUGGCGGCGGCAGAAGACGCGCUGUCUUCGUACCGCGCCGCGGGCGCGCACGGGGCGAUGGUGCUCCGGCUCCACCGCCUCUACUCGCCCGACCUGCAGGGCAUGCCGCCGCUGCUGCCGCUGCUGCUCGCGGGCGGCGCAGGCAUCGGCGCGGGACACUUUCGCGCGCAGACCAACCUUCUCCAUGCCGAGGAUGCGGCUCUCGGCGUCACCCUUGCCGCCGACAAGCUCCUCGCACCAGGCGGCGCGGAAGGUGUCGACACGGUCGUGCUCACGGACCCGAAGGUCUGGUCAGCCGCGCACCUGCUUCGCUGCCUGACUUGCGUGCUGCGCCUCCCGCCGCCGCUGGCGCCGCUUCUGACGCCGGCCGGCCGCCUCGUCGCCUCCGUCUUCGUUGCGGUCGUCUCGCCGCCGCUCGGCCUGAUCGGGCG